UGGAGAAAUAGGGAAAGUGAAAGCGGACAGAAGCACGAGCGCUAGCAAAUGCAGUUGCACAGCACGGAAGCAGGGGUAGGAAAGGAAACAUUUAAACGCAUGGAUGAGAUAGUCAGCGAGCAGGCGUGUAUAUUUGUGAAGGAGGCAGGGAUGAUUUGAAUGCAAAUAUUCGGAGCAUGUUCAAAUGAAAUUUGCUUGUUGCUGUGUGCGACUUAAACAUGCACUUCAGUUAGAGGUGUAACAGUGCGGUACAGUAUUUCUCGCAGGACAGUAGCCUACAGUAGUCGGCUAUAAUCCGCAGUCUCAAAGACACUACUCCAGGACAGCAUUCAAAGCUCCAGCGGAGGUCCCUUUGAUCCCCAAGCUGGCCGCCGCCACGUGGUUGAUGCGUGCAGCUGGAGGCCCCCUCGCCCCCCCACCGCUGUCACCCGCCUGAUCGUCGCGCCGAUGGCCUCGAGCACCGACCCGGAGCUCCAGACGGAGCUGGCGGACAUGGUGGCCGCCAUAGACGUGGCCUCCGCGAAGGAGGCCAACGGCGUGAAGAACGGGGCCCCCGACCCCCCCGCAAAGCAGGCCCCCCAGCGACCCGUCCUGUCUAGCAGGAAGCUGUCCCUGCAGGAGCGUGGGACCUACCUGGGGGCCGGCGGCGGGGCCUACUCUCACGUCUCCCCCAGAGUGGCCCGCCGACCCACCAUCGAGUCCAAGCGCGUGUCCAUCUCUGACGCCCAGGACUGCAUCCAGCUAAACCAGUACAAGCUCAAGAGUGAAAUCGGAAAGGGCUCAUACGGGGUGGUGAAACUGGCGUAUAAUGAAGACGAAGACAAGUAUUACGCAAUGAAGGUCGUCUCCAAGAAGAAGAUGAUGAAACAGUAUGGAUUCCCACGUCGCCCCCCUCCUCGAGGGCCCAAGGCAGCCCAGGGAGCGCAGCCCAAAGUCCUGGGGCCUCUGGAGAGGGUGUACCAAGAGAUCGCCAUCCUGAAGAAACUGGACCAUCUAAACAUCGUCAAACUGGUGGAGGUACUCGACGAUCCAUCUGAAGACAACCUUCACAUGGUGUUUGAGCUAAUGCAGAAGGGCCCAGUAAUGGAAGUGCCCUGUGACAACCCUUUCUCAGAGGACCAGACCCGUACCUACUUAAGAGACAUCGUCCUGGGCAUCGAAUACUUGCACUAUCAGAAGAUAAUCCACAGAGACAUCAAGCCCUCUAACCUGCUCUUGGGUGAUGAUGGCCACGUCAAGAUUGCCGAUUUUGGGGUCAGCAAUCAGUUUGAGGGCAAUGAUGCACUUUUGUCGAGCACGGCUGGGACCCCGGCUUUCAUGGCCCCGGAGACUCUAUCGGAUAACCGCAAGAGUUUCAGUGGGAAGGCCCUGGACGUAUGGGCGAUGGGAGUGACCCUUUACUGUUUCAUAUUUGGAAAGUGCCCUUUCAUAGACGAAUACAUCCUCGCCCUACACAACAAGAUCAGGAGCAGGCCCGUGGAGUUCCCGGAUACGCCGUCGAUCAGCGAGGACCUGAAAGCACUCAUCCUGAGAAUGCUGGACAAGAACCCUGACACCAGGAUCACCAUUCCGGAGAUCAAGCUGCAUCCUUGGGUGACCCAGAACGGCUCCGACCCCAUGCCCCUGGAAGAGGAGCACUGCACUGUAGUGGAGGUGACAGAGGAGGAGGUGCAGAACUCGGUCAAGUUCGUCCCCAGCCUCUCUGCAGUGAUCCUGGUGAAGGCCAUGCUGAGGAAGAGGUCCUUCAGCAACCCCUUCGAGUGCCCCAGCAGGAGAGAGGAGAGGUCCAUGUCCGCCCCCGGGAACCUGCUCAUGGACACGUGGCUCUUCCGCUCCUCUCUAAAACUUCACCCCUCAUUAAGGAAGGGCAGCAGCGGAGAGGGCAGCAGGGAGAUGGAGCUGGAGGACUUGCACGAGGAUGAGCCGUCCGCUUGAGCUCCCGAAGCCCGUCGCCUUAGCCCCCGACGCCACCCAGGGUCACGUUUCUCAUUUUCAGCACCCCCCUGACCCCUCGGUCAUGCCACCCUCCGUUUCAUAAUUCAUAAAGAAAAAUAAGACAGAAUAAGUUUUUCUGCUAUUUUUUUAACUUGGAGGAACUGACAAGAAAGACUAGGCUUCAUCCGACAGUGCAAGAUGACGUUUUCUGACAUGGUUUACAGGCGUUUUUGAGGCUGCUGUAUUUUUUAUUAUGUUUUUUAUUUUACUUGCUUGCAUUUAGGACUGGCUCUGUCCCUGUCUUAUUCUGAAUAGCCUUACACAAGCCCAGCAUGUACAGUCAGUUCAAUAACAAGAGCCGGGGUGACUGUUUCUGGCAGAGCUUCUUCGGAGACGACCGGAAAUGGACCGCAGGCUGACCCUCGAGAAGCAACCGCUGUGCUCUCAGACCGCUGACUGAGCGUGUGAGAGCAGAGGAGUCUGUCCCUCUUUUUCUGAAGGAUGUCUGUCAGUCAGCACAAAGGCUGGAUCAUAGCGCACCCUGCUGACGGAUCCUGUCUGAAUCCCUUCACUUAUCUACAGAUUUUCACAAUGACAUUGGAGCACAUUUUGGCCACUAUGCUUGCAGUCUUUCACAGUGACAUCUUCCAUUAGCUGCCUUUUCAUUUUAAUUCAAUAGAAAGGCUGUCUUUUGAGCACAUUCAGAAUUUCACAUUUUAUAGGCUUUUAUGACUUGAUUGUGUAGAUAUUUCAGGAUUGCAAUCUUAUGUCCAGUACGCUUCAUCAAUAAACAUUGUUCGCCAUGCAUUUACAGGAUUUACAUAAGCUUAGAAAACAAUCUGCACCCAUGUCACUUUAAAAACAUUUUGGUUUCAGUGAAACAGUCAUAUUCAGUAUACUAGCUUCUUCCUGCUGUCUCUCCCCUCCCCCCUGCCCCCACCUCCAUCCCUCACCCUGAAUUUCUUUGACAUGCAUAUUUCAGUAACAGCUAUAGGCAGUUUUUGGCUGUGAUAAUUCUGCAAUCAAAAUGUACUGUAAUCAGAGCAAACAGCUUUCAGAACUCUUGUCACCAAUUCAGGAAAUGUGUUGCAGUUCCCUGGCGGACUGAAUUCAGAACUAAUGUGAUUACCUGUCGUUCCAGUCAAGUUCUAGUGAUUGUAUGUUGUGCCAAACGGAAGGCUUGUUGACACCAAUAACAUAUAUAAUUUUCCCAUGAAGAACAGAUAAAGGAGGCAAGUGUAAUUAAGAACAGGCUGAACAAACAUGUCUUGGGAUUGCAGUAACAGUACUGUUUGUGUUCCAGAUGAGGAUUGGUUUACAAAACCCUUCAUUUAUUUUAAAUGUGAUUUUUCCCGCAAAUGCAUCUACUUAUUUUAUACAAAACUCUUAAAUGAAGAUAAUAAGGAGUACUUUCAGUGUGGUGGUAAAUGUAUUUUUUGCAAAUGGCUAGUAAAGAGUCAAACUGCAAGGACAGUCACAUUUUUGAGGCAGUUGCUGUAUUUAUGGAAAUCCCAGUUCUUUUGGACCAGGGACAUUUUGUGUUGGGUAUUUUAGUAAUCUUGUACUAAAGUUACAUUAUGGUCCUGCAUAUAUGAGUAAGCUCCAAAUGGUUCCAAUAUAAGAGCAAUUUUAUGCCAAAGAGAUGAACAGUGGAUUUCUGGCCAUUAUAGUGUGUAUUAAAGGUAAUAUAUACUUAUUUUACAAGUACUGCUGUGUAGAUAUGCUACAGUUUCUGGCUUUCCCUCUGACCACUCAAAAACUUGAUAAUAUACUGACUGAAAUCAGGUUACAAUUGCCUUAGUCAAAGCUAUGCUAUAGGUUCCCAAGUAUCUGAAAAAACUAUGGUGUUUACAUACUUUUAUUUGUCUUUCUUGCUGGAAUAUUGGUUUAUUUCCUCAAUUCAUCAAUCGUUAAUCUUAUGUUUUUUAUUAUUAAGAAUGGUAAUGGAGUUUUAAGGGAAGAAAAUUAUGGAAUGUACCUUUUGUACCUUUUGAACCUAUCCAGUGAUGUAUAGGGGAGACCGGGGCACAAACUUACACGGCCAUGUUGAAACAUGGCUAUUUGAGCAAGAAUGUGUUUGCGUUCACUGAUUUAUUAUAGCAAUGUGCUUCUUGUGUGAGUGGCAGGAUGAUUUGACAACUUCAUCAAAAAUUAUUAACAAGUCUUUGUUUUAGCAGCAUGCAAGUAAUUUUUUUUCUUCAAAGUAAUUUUUAAAUAAUUGAUGAUGUGUGAACACCACAGACUCCAAAUUAUGCCUUUUAAAUCACUGUCUUGUGGGUUAUAAGAUAUGGUUUUGACAUAUGUCACUAGCAAGCAGAAACCGUCAGCAAUGCAGAUUAUGAACUAGCACAACAUGGGGCUCAUUCUAAUGCUUUGUUACAACAUGUCCCUACCUAUUAUAAAUGAAUCAGCCUCAAUAACUUAUAAAGGCUGUAUAUUCGAUGCAUACCAUGCAUUUAUUCCAUCCUAUAAUAGGAAAUAAGAAAUGUGGGAUUCCCCUAACUUUGACUUGUAUUAAAACAAAGCUCUUUCCUGUCCGUUUUCGACAUUUUGGACGCUGAUACAAACCCGCCGCCAUGCUGUGACAAUUUACCCCAUAAUCUGGUCAAAUUGUAACAAUUUCACUUUCACUACUUGGUUUAACUAAUCACUAGGGAUGUGCUAGAAGUGUACGGUCUAUAAUCAUAGCAAAGACAAGUAUCAAAUAUAUUGAAUUUAAUAUGAGAAUAUUUUUCAUUAAAAAAUAAAAAAACAUGUUAGGUUGUGCCCCAGUAUUUCCUAUUAACCCUUGUGAAAUCCUAUUUGUGGUAUUGUGGUCUUUUUAUCCAGACAAUUUACAUUAUUCCCUUUGUUGUGUUUUUUUGGUUUUGUACUGCCCAUUAUAUCUGGGUUUUUUUUGUUUUUUGUUAAGCGCCAUGAAAAAACUAAAUCCCUGGGAAAGCUUUGAUUGGCUGUAGCAAGCAUUCGUGAAUCUGCCUGAAACAAAUCCAGAAGGCAUCCAGAAGGUGCUGCCUUGGCUGUGCACUCUACAGUGUACUCCAGAAAGCCAUGACCAAGUGUGUAGUGUGUAACGGCAGCAAUGGAAAGAUUGGAGAUUGGAACUGCACUUUAGCAUAGCUUCACAUUGAAACAAGUAAAUACCAAUAGUGUACCGGUACGUAACUUUGACACUUAACUAGGUAAUUUACAAACUGGAGAACUAACUGGUUAUUUUAGCCAAAUUUGUACUUGCGAAUGUAUGUGCAUUUCACCAGAUUGGUUGAGCAUGUUAGCUUGCUUGCAUGCGUAAUGUUUAAAUUGUAUUUAAGAUUGUGAUAACCAGUUUAUAUGCACUUUUUAGCAUACUAUAAAAGCAUUGUUUUGGAGCAUGUUAGUCAAGGUACAGUAUGUGCUUGGUAUGGCCAACUAGACAACUUACCCCAGGGUCAUUCCUUGACACUCCUUGAAACUUACUUGAACCAGAAAAUUUUCAUUUCAAGCUUCGGUUACAUGUAUGUAGGGCCAUCAACAUAAUGAUAUACUGGCUGUUAUACCUCAUGUGUUUGCCGUUGUUGGAAUUUUAUCCAUCAGGGCUAAGUCAAUAAAGAACAAACGGGAAAAAAAACAAGUGAUUUAAACAGGACACUGUUAAAUGAAUGAAUAUUGUGAAAACUUUGAAGAAUCUUAAUAUCAAUGUCUAUGGUGUGUGUAUCGUACAUAUUUGUUGUACAUAUUUGUCAGAAGUGCAAUAUUUUAUCUGUUUGUCUUUACGCAUUGUUCUAUGCACUUAUACUGUACGUGUUCUCUCAUCCAGACUCCCUGGUCUACUGUGUUCCUGUCAUAUUUAUAUCAGGUGCAUGUUGGUCCCAGUUACAUUCACAGUCCUGUACUCCAUAACAGACCUGGGUUAAUUACAUAAUUGUUUUGUUUUGGAUUCAGUGCUUCAUACGCUUUACUGAGCUUGCCUGGUGUAUUGAACCUAUGAAAUACUCUCAAAUAUACAAACUCCGCCUUCUGGUCCUCUUGGUUGGCUCAAUUGCACCAGGCAAGAUCAUUUGAACACAGAAAAGUAUUUGAAUUCAAAACAAUUGCGUAAUUGACCCAGGUCUACUCAAUAUUGAGUUUGCAAAUAAUCGCCCCCUGCUUCCACUGUCUCAUGAUUCCCAAUGUAUUCUUGUCUUCUGAUGUAAAAUAACUUUCCAGAAGGGCACCAUUUUGGAAUAUGGCUUUGGUUUGAGAUGGUGUUUUGCUUUAUUUAAUUUUUUUAUAUGAUGUACAUAAAUGUGGUGGCCUCCACUUAUAUUCAUAACCUUAUAAUGUCUCAAUAAAUAUGAAUAGAUGGCUUAAGUAAAGAAAAUGCACAAUCAGUAUGUUUUAUGAAUAAAUUAUGAAUAAGUUGAUGUUAUCGUUGCACACAUUUUACAAAUACUUGCGCUUUUCUCGGUUUGUAUAUUUUCACCUACUGAAAUCAGUAUUCUGCACGUUCCUUUACCAUUUUUUAUUGUUUAGGUAUUGGGUCCAGACACUUAACCUUUGAGUUUUGACCAUGUGUUCUGGUAGAAUAUCACCUGAUUCUUUUUAUCUCUCGUUUUGCAUCUGGGCUGUUUUUUGGGUUUGAUGUCUGCAGAUGGCACCAUUGUUUUUUGUCUCCCAUCAAACAUUCCUUGAAGGCUUUGAUGUGCGGCCAUUACUAUGCCGGAAUGCAAACUUGAGCUUUAGUUUCUUAGCUUUAUACAAAACCAGAAGAAAAGCAAUUCACCUCUGUAUUUCCCAAGGGAUGAUUAUUUCUACAAGCUUCAUCUUCUGAUUAUUCUCAGUGUAUCCAUGAAGAAGAGUGUUAAUGAGAUUAAGAUGCAGUUUUAGUCAUUUGGCUGCUAUUAGCCCCUGUGACUUUGUGGAGGUAGUUCUGGUCAUAAUGGUUUGAGGUGUUCAAUCCUGAUGAUGCAUUUAUCCCAAACUCUUCAUUGCCAUUGGUGUUAAUUGAAUUUGCCCCAACAGAAUUUUUUAAGGGCAUAUUUCAUUUUCAAAGAUCUUCCUGGACUGGAAGUGACUAUCCAAUUUGGAACUUCUUGUUAAUCCAUGACAGAGUGGAAAUGGGAAGGUUUGGUAACAUUUAGACAUUUUCACAUUUCAAUUUAGAAUUUAAUCAAAGCAAUGAAUUGUAUAAUUGUAUCAUUUUCCUGUGAAAGUUCAUGGCUAUCUAACGGGUAUUUACAGCUUCUGUAAGAUUCCAGAGACUUCAUGUUUCUCCAGACACUGUAGCUUAAUAUAGGUUUUGCAUUCACAGACCGUAAUGGUGAGAUUAAUUUAAUCACAGUUAAGAAUAUUAGCAAAACAUGUUGCUCUGUGUAGUAAUGUGUGUAUAUGGGGUACUCCAUAAAUUCCAUAUAUACAUGCAAAAUGGCCUGGACAUCUGUGAGUCUUCUUUUAAUUCAUAUUAUAUAGUAUGUUAUGAGGGUAAUGAAUAGAAAUGGGGGUCUAAUUGUUUAUGGGGUAAGCAGCAAAAGAGUCAAAUCUUUUGCCAUUAGCAAAAAAAACUAAAUUGAGAGGGCUAUGGGGGCAUGUACAUAGAUGGAGGACACUGUAAUCUUAGCAUCGCUGUUGUGUGUUUUACUUGACUAGUGCGUUUGAGGUCUCCGUUGCUGCGGUAUGUUUUCAAUGGAUGUAUGUGUCGUACCGCAUUACUAUGAAUGUACUUGUAGAUUGUCGAUUUCCAGAAAGCAUGGCGCACCUGUACUGAAAUGCAACUGUUACAAUGUAAAUAUGUACUAAUAUAAAGAGGCUAUUUUUUGCAUGCUUUUGUACACUAGACAUAAUCAAAGACAAUAAAUAAAAGUCAUAAGAGUUA